AUGCCGAGUCCGACGAAGAAGCGGAAGCUCAACAAGGAUGCAAGUGGCCCAACAUCGCGUGGUCUUGAGUAUUUCUUCUCGAAACAGAAGCAAGGCGACUCAUCGGCUGCUUCUACACCGCCACAACUAAAGCAGGAUGUGGGCGAGGCUCCCAAAAGUGAACAGGAACUCACCGAUGAGGAGCUAGCCCGGAAGCUUCAAGCUGAAUGGGAUAGCGAGGUUCAAAAUACAGAAACUCUUUCGGCUGAGUCUCAGCUAGUUCUGCGUUGUAGCGCAAGCCCAGCUCUCGAUCCAAGUUCUACCGCUUCAGCUCAAGUCGCGAAAUCAGCCGCCACGCCCGUGAAGAAACACGCUUGCAAGUACAGGACCGAAGACUCUCACGCAAUCAAGGAUCAAGAUAGUGGACACUCUUGUGAAUUUCAUCAGACUUAUCACUCAGACGGAUCCCGAAAGUCUCCUCCCCGCUGUUUGGCUAGCGACAAACGCCAUUUCGCCGCCCUACAUUUCCUUGGAAUUGGGUCUUGUGGGUCAGCCAUAUCCAAAGCUCUGAAGCAAGUUUGUGGGCUCAAUGGACCCUCGCUAAAGAAUCUCUACGACAAGUACGGCGAUGCGGGAGAUGUGGCCUUCGAAGCCAAGAAGAAACAGAGCUUCACGCUUCGGAAGCCGAAGCCGCUGACCAUCAAGGCUGUCUACCAAUCUCUGGUCAAGAUUGCCAACACCCAAGGUCAGGGCAGUGGUGAAGUGAAACAGAGAAUCGUCGAUCGUCUGCUUCAAGAUGCAAGAGGUGGCGAAGAAAGCAGGUACAUUGUUCGUACACUUUGCCAACAUCUUCGUAUCGGCGCUGUCAAAACCACGAUGCUAAUCGCGCUUGCCCGGGCGUUUUCUAUCACUUCCCCUCCUGGUGCAGAUUUUGCUGUCCGCGACAGGGGCAGCCUCGCCAAGUUGAAAAAGGAGGAGCUUGUAGAGGUUUGGGCAAAAGCGGAGGAGAUUGUAAAAGCCUGCUUCGCGAAAAGGCCAAAUUACAACGACCUUGUACCCAUUCUUCUCGAGAUUGGUGUUUGUGAUGAGCUUCUCCUCCGCUGUGGGCUCACCCUGCAUAUUCCCCUCCGACCCAUGCUUGGUAGCAUAACGCGAGAUCUUACGGAGAUGCUUACCAAGCUCCAAGGCGGGGAUUUCGCCUGCGAGUACAAGUAUGACGGUCAGCGUGCCCAGAUUCACUGCGACGUCAAGGGAAAAGUAAGCAUCUUCUCGAGGCAUCUUGAACUGAUGACGGACAAGUACCCCGACUUGGUUGCCCUCAUGCCGCAGAUUCGGGGUGAAGGUGUCGACAGCUUUGUGAUGGAGGGAGAGGUUGUGGCAAUCGACCGGCAGACGGGAGAUAUGAAAAACUUCCAAGCUCUGACCAACCGCGCCAGAAAAGAUGUCGCAAUCGGGAGUAUUCAAGUCGAUGUCUGCAUGUACUCCUUCGACCUGAUGUACCUCAAUGGGGAGCCACUACUCGACAGACCUUUCCGCGAAAGGAGAGAGCUCCUUCGGUCGAUGUUUAUCGAGGUCCCCCACCAGUUUACAUGGGUCAAGAGCCUAGACGCUACUUCGCAGGAUUCCGAUGCAGUGCUCGACUUCUUCAAAUCUGCUACCGACGUCAAGUGCGAGGGUAUCAUGGUUAAGAUUCUGGACAAUUUGACCGAGAUACCUUACCAAGGGGGCGAGGUUGACGCCCCUGUGGAUGAGAUGGAGGAACCACAUACACCUUCAAAACGUAAGGUUACGGGGAAGACCGCUGAGAAUGGCGCGAAAAAGAAAACGCGACGUAAACCGCUGCUGGCAACCUAUGAGCCCGAUAAGCGACUCGACUCAUGGCUUAAGGUCAAGAAAGAUUACAACGCAAGUUUCGACACCAUUGAUAUGGUCCCUGUGGCUGGUUGGCAUGGCCAAGGGCGCAAGGCCAAAUGGUGGUCGCCGAUUCUGCUUGCUGUCCGCAACGAAGACAGUGGCUCGUUUGAGGUUGUGUGCAAAUGCAUAUCAGGCUUUACCGAUACCUUUUACAAAGCUAUAGGAUUUUAUGACGACGUAGCGGAAGAAGCGGCGUUGUACAAAUAUUCGUUCCUCAAAGCCUGCCUUUAUUGAGUACUCCGGACCGGAACCCGGAUGUCUGGUUUGAGCCGCAGGAGGUUUGGGAGAUGGCGUUCGCGGAUGUCACGCUCAGCCCGACAUACACAGCAGCAAUAGGCUUGGUGAGCGAGGAGCGAGGCUUGAGCUUGCGAUUUCCGAGGUUCUUAAAGAAACGCGAUGACAAAGGCUUGGAUGAGGCGAGUACGAAUGAGUUCUUGGCCUCACUCUUCAGGAAACAAGAAUUGAAGACGAUACCUGCGGCAGUAGAUGCGGCAGAGGAUGAAUGAUUCUCAGCCUUACCAUCAAUGAUGAGGCGAUACGAAGCUCUGAGACCA